AUGGCAUCGCCUGCAACUACAUUAGCACCACCGUCGUCACCACCCCCUCCUUCCACACCCACGAAUUCGGAGUUGGAGAGGGAGACCUCUGUGCCUCCACUGGCACCUUCUCUACACGCAUUCUCUUGCACUGUUGAAUGUGCACUCCCAGCCUGCGAUCCUCCCGACGAUUGCUCCAUGCUGGUAGCCGCCCUCAGCGCACUCGCUGACAGUCCACUGACAGAAGCACUGUGUCUGCGCCACGAGGUCGCAACACCACUCCUCAGCAGUGAUCCACACGACUUCCUACCACACGGCCUUACCUUCACUCCUCCCAACCGCACGGUGCUUUGGUCAGACCCGAGGGGUUGCAAGGCCACUGAGGAUGCACUGCCCACACCUGUAUUUGGCCACUCCACAUCACUGCCAGUUGUCGUUUCUCCACACUUCGAAGCGUCUGCAAUACCAUUCCUCAGUGACUUUGCUUGCUGUGCUGCACAAGACGCCACGCGUCGUGACACCUUAGCUCCCACU